AUGGCACACGCAGCUGGAACAGGACUUGAUGACGAGACAGAUGAGGAGUUGACUGGGCCAAGCGUCCCAGCGGCUCCCUCGAACCCUUUUGCCGCCGGCAGUCCCUCGAGUGCAGGCGGGGCACUGACCAUGAGUGCCACCGAUCUUCAGAUCCUGAUGCAACGUAUGGCUGAAGCCACACAGGCUGCAAGUGCAGCUGCCCAGGCAGCAGCCUACUCUUCUACCGCCAGCAGUUCUAAGCCCUUGGGUUUAAGUGACCUCACUAAGGUGUUGCCCAAGCCAGAACCCUUCCGUCCCUCCACUCGUGACGAGGAGUUUGCUCAGUGGCCUCAGUGGAGCUGGGCGUUCGAGCAAUACCUUUCAUGUUUGGAUCCCAGCUUCGACAAAGAGCUACAUGAGUAUGCACGCCAGUCCACGCCUGUUCUUCUUGAGUCUUUGAGUGAGCAAGCGAAGGCCCGUUCGAGGAUUGUGUAUGGCAUGCUGAAUGGCCUUCUCUAUGAAAGGGGUCGUCGCUUGUUGCGCUCUGUGCCAUCCCAGAAUGGCUUCGAAGCUUGGAGGUUGCUCUCAAAUGACCUGAUGCCCAAGACCAGGAAUCGUGUGCUUGCCCUUCUUCGGACCAUCAAUAGCUGGCCUAGCUUUGAUGCCAAGCAGGGCAUUGCUCAGCAACUUUUGCGUCUUGAAGCAGCCUUUGAAGAGUAUGCACAGCUUGAAAGGGGUGGACUGCCUGAAAACAACAAAAUGGCCACUCUCCUCAGCUGCUUGACAGGCCAACUUCGCCAGCAUGCCAACGUGGUCAUCUCUGAUGACAGCACCUACCGUGACCUGCGUGAGCUGGUACUCAGGUGGGAUGGUGCUCAGACAAAGUGGCAAUCCAGUGUUGCCAGCAGCUAUGGGCUGCAGGAGGGCAAGAAAGGCCUUCAUGAUUCCGGCGAUGUUGUGCCAAUGGAUGUCGAUCGCGUUGCCAAAGGCGGUCGAGGCAAGUAUAAGGGUGGCAGGGGUAAAGGUAAGGGUGAUAAGGGUGGUAGGACCGACAAAGGCAAGGGUGAUAAGGGUGGUAGGACCGACAAGGGCAAAGGCAGAGGUGACAAAGGUGGCAAAGCCAAGAGCGACUCUCAGGCGCUGUGUGGGUGGUGCCACAAGCCUGGGCACUUCAAGCGUGAUUGCUACCAGUAUAAGGCUUUCCUUGAUGGUAAGACUAAGGGUGCCAGGCAAGUGCAAGCCUCCACAGCCUCCGAUGCCGGCAGUUCCACCACUUUGCCUUCGUCCGCCAGUGCCCUUCAGGCUCAGCAAGGCAAGUCAGAUCAUCCUGCUGUGCGUCGUGUGACAGCAGAGCCCAUGAUGUUCGACAUGUCAGAUUUGGCUGACGUUCUUUCUCUUGAGCCCAAUGUCCGUAUGCUAACUGUGACUGCGCCACAGAGUUUUCGGAUGGAUUCCAGUGAUAGUAACGGUGAUUGGACCUUGCCUUCCCAACCGCAGAGUUUUCGAAUGGAUUCCGGUGAUAGUAACGGUGAUUGGACCUUGCCUCCCCCAGAUUAUGCUGAGCUUGAGCUUCAGUCCACCGUUGCUCCUCAGUUUGUCCGAACAGUUUCUAGCCCAAGCCACAGCGUGAUCAUUGACUCAGGUGCCGACAUCUCAUGCAUCCCCGCGUCCUUUCAAGCGUGCGGUCGCGCUGCCAAUGCGAGGCCGCUGCAGGUUUGCGAUGCCCAAGGAGGUGCGAUGCAUGUGCAAGCUGAGCGACUUGUAGAUUUCGUGCUGCAUGGGGGGUCAAAGCCUGUGGUGAUCCGUGAGCGAUGCAUUGUCGCCAAUGUUACACAGCCGCUCCUGAGUUUGGGCCGGCUGACGCACAGGGGCUGGUGGCCCGUUUGCAAAGGUGAAACCGCUGGAUCAAGUGGCAUGGCUUUGGUCCAUCAUGCGACAGGCGCUGAAGUGCCUUUGCUGCUGAAAGGAUACUCGUGGGCGGUGAACGCACAGAUCCGCCGUGUUGAGCAGGAGGGUGGCUCUCCUGAUUCCCCGCAGCAGCAUUCGCAGGUUGCCUCAAUCCAAGUGAAGCUUGAUCCUGAUGAGCUUGAAGCCAUUGAGUAUGGCUGGCAUAUCGGUGCCACUGGCCACUUCGUUUGGCGGGGCCGCUCCAGUCGGUUCCUUGAUCCCAGCUUGAUCGCUCCCAUUGCUUGGCCAUAUCGCAGCACGCUUAUGCAGCGAAGCGGCACCUGGUUUCUGCUUGAGCAUUGUGUGCCGUGGACUCAGAUCCGCGAUGUAGAGGCGACGCUUCCCGGAGGACAGGUUGCUGAGGUCAUCACUUAUCUGCGUGUGAAAGUUGAGCCUGUGUCUGAGAUCGGUGUGCAGCUCCCUGAAGGCAUGCUUGAGCCCGAAGGUCUUCCAGAGCCCAACUUCUACAGCUUUUACCGCAAGCGUGAACAGGACCCGCCUGGCCCUGUUGAGCAAGACCGUGUCGUGCCUGAGGAAGUUGUCAUGCAAGGUUUGGAAGAUGUGUCUGGUGAAGCUGCUGGGCCGGUACACAGGCCAUUGCCCGAUCAGGUUGAGGUUGACGAAUCCGCUCCUGCCGGUGAGGUUGAGCCAGUGUCGCUUGAUGGCGUCGUCCUUUCGGAUGAUUCUAGCUUGGCGGUCUUGAAGACUGCAGCCGCCAAGUUGAACCUCAGCACUGCGGGGUCCAAGACCCGUCUUUUCACACGCAUCAAGAACUACUUGGACAAGCAGCGGCUAGCCCUCGAGCUUGAGCUGGCCGCCGAUGCUCAGACAGUGGGGGAACGGCAGCCCAGGGUACAGCCUGUGCCCCAGGAACCGACGCCCCAGGAGCGUCUUCUCCACGAAUGCACUCAUGUCCCUUACCAAGCGUGGUGUGAGCAUUGCAUAGCCAUGCGUGCGGUCCCUGAUCGGAUGGAGUUCCUCAAGCAAGGCCCUCGGGAUGUCCCAGUUGUCCAGUUCGACUUUUGCUUCACGGGUUACACCGUAGAUAAGGGUAUGGUUAGCCUUGAUAGUGCGCCGGAGAAUGCACAGCAAGCCCUGAAAUGUCUUGUGUGCCACGACUCCGCCACUGGGAGUAUCGGGGCGAUUCCUUGUGAAGCCAAGGGUGACACUCGGUACCUUGGGAUAGAGCUCCAAAGGUUCAUUCAGGGUCUAGGCCACAGCACCAUCUGCUUGAAGUGUGACAACGAGCCGUCCACCCUGGCUUUGCAGAAGGCCAUUGUGGCUGCGCGGCAGCGUCUCGGCUUGCGAACCAUCACACAAAACCCUGCCAUUGGUGCCAAAGGUUCCCUAGGCUUCUGUGAGAAGGCUGUUGAUUCCGUGAGAAAGCUGGCUAACACUUUGCUUGAUCAAGCCCGGUCCAGAACAGGCCUCCCGUUGCCUGUGUCACACUGCUUGUUUGCGUGGGCUUUUGUGCACAGUGCUUGGCUGAUCAACCGCUAUCGCGUGAUCGGCAACAUGACUGCUUAUGAGAGAGCCACCGGCGCAAGUUACGGUGGCCGCAUUGCACCGUUCGCAGAGCCUGUGUACUGCCAAGUCGAAGCAAAGCAAAAGGGUGACAAGCGCUGGCUGUUGGGGAUACUUGUUGGAAAGUCUUCAUCCAAUGACAUGUAUGUGAUAGCUGGCAAAGAUGGCAUCCGCCUCUCCCGAUCCAUACGUCGUGUGGGUCGCCCUUGGAGCACUGAGGCCUUGCUCUACAAUGAGUUGAAGGGAUUUCCAUGGGACUAUGGGAGUGGUGUUGUCGGAACAAAGUUCGUUGCUAUGCCAAAGCAACGGCUGCCUGAUGUUGUGCCAGCACCUGCAGUGGAACCAGCAGAGCCCAGUGUCAUUCCUGCUGUUGCGCCAGCCGUGGCGCCCGAAGACGACUUACCCGGGAUACCAGCUGUGCUGUUGGGCGGGGACACCGAUGUCUCGGCUCCUGUGAAUCGCAGCGCCCGGUGUGUUCCUCCUCCUGAGAGUGCAAGAGUGAUUCCGAAUGCAGCCGACAGCAGCAUGGCAGUGGAUGAGCCCGGUGCAAACCCUCCAAUGAGAGAGGAAGUCCCAAGCACCCCUGAGGCUAUGCUGCCUCCUUUGAAGAAGCUGCGCUUGCGAGCUGUGACAUUUGGAAGCCAAACCUACGAGGUCAAUGAUGAGAGUGAGUUCAACCUGGAUCAGCCCGAUGGCUGGGACACUGGGGCCAAUCUUUGGUCCAUGCCGUCCGAGAAGGACGAAAGUUUCACUGAUGAUGUGGUCGCCGCGCCUGGCGAGGACGAUGAGCGACUGUGGUUUCCCGACAAUGGAAGGGAGCCUGAGCUCGACAGCGCCAUUUUGGCUGAGCUCGAUGAUCUGGCCGACAGUGUGGAGGUGGCUCGGCUUAUCAAGAAGUCUGUCUUGAGAGCAGCCACUCCAAAUGAAGACGUGAGCUUGAUGAAAGGCCUGACGACGAAGUUUGUUCGAACAUGGAGAUUCAAGAAACGAAAGGGGGUCGGUAUGUGGUACCGUCGCUCCCGCCUCUGCGCCCGGGAGUUCCGGUGGCUUGAUGACUCCAAAGAGGGGCUGUUCAGCCCCGCGACGAGCACCGACAUCGUCCGACUCCUCCCUGCCUUGUUCCUGACCUGGAAGAAGACUCGCCCUUCCGAACAGUUUGCGCUGGUGGCCCUGGACAUAAAGGAUGCGUACCUUGAAGUUCCCCAACCAGUCCCGGUUGUAUCCCGAAUCCAAGGCCAGGAUUUUGUGUUCCAGACAAUGGUCCCAGGGCAACGUGAAGGGUCGCAGCAGUGGUUCAACUACUUUUACGAUUUCCUUGCAGAACACUUUGAAGUGGAGAAGUGCAAAGAGUGUCCUGCCGUGAUCCGUUUUAGCAGCAAGUCUACAAGUGUCCAUGCAAGUGAGAGCAAAGGUCCCGGCAUGAUACACGUCGAUGAUUCGCUGCUCCUGCUUCCGCUCGAUUGGGCCCGUGACUGCUUCAUUCCAACAGUACAGCAGAGGUUCCAGAUCACAUAUGAGUUGGCGUAUGAAGUGGGCCAUUCGUUCAGUUUCCUUAAGCGGAGAAUGUACGCCAGCGUGUACCAUGUUGGUCUGAACUUCGUACCAGCGAGCUUGAGCAUGUUGAAGCAAGCAAAUUCCGGCAAGCUGUUGGAACCGCUCUUUACAUCUCAUGUGACCGACCGGCCCGAUGUCGGCUACGCUGUCCGGAUGUUGGCCGCCUACAUGGCAAGGCCGACAGAACAUGCGAAGAUCGGGUUGACGAAGUUAAUCCAGUAUUUGGUGAACACUGCUCACUAUGGGAUAGCAAUGAAGGCUACAGCUCCUGGGUCCAAGAAACUGUUCGAGCAUGGUUCAGAGGAUGAGUCUGAGCGCUUUGUGUUGGAGGCAUUUUCGGACGCCGAUUGGUCGGGGUCGAAGAGGGACAGGAGGUCAUACGGAGGCGCUAGCUACUGCCUGAACGGGCAGUAUAUUCACUAUGUGUGCCGAUCGCAAAAGUGCAUCAGCUUGUCUUCCAUGGAAAGUGAAUACUACAGUGCCGUUGGCAGCUCCUGUCAGGGACUCUUCAUGAAGGCGGUGGUCGAGUUCAUGAGCCGCAGCCCUUGCGAUCUUAUCGUCUAUGUUGACAACCAGUCCUGCAAAGCGUUCUGUUUGCGUCAGGGGGUUACCAAGGCUAGCAAGCAUUUUGAAGGUCGAUUGCUUUGGUUGCAAGAUGCAGUGCAGCAGAAGCGCUUGAUCAUGAAGUAUGUUUCCACUCAUGCAAACCUUGGUGACAUUCACACAAAGCCUCUCUCCCCAGCUCGGCUGCAGAGUUUGCUGUUCCUACAUGACUUUGUGGAUAUGCAUGACAGGCCAGUGGGAUCCGAAGAGUGGGAUCGAACCAUGGCGACAGAAGGGAUGAAGGCCCAGGUCAAGCGUGUUCGGACAGUGGUAGGCGGCGAUGCGUCCAGCACAUGGGUGAAGCGUGUUGCACUCCUUCUUAUGAUGAUGCCAAUUCCUUCGGAAGCUGUUACGACUGCUUACAGUUCUCGGUCGUGGAUGUGCAGCUUUGUUCUUUUCUUGGUAUGCCUUGCAUUUUGCAUUGGCAGUGGUACAGAGUCUGAUGAUCAUGAUGGGUGGAUGCUUAUUCCACAGCACGACAGGCUGUUGUACUGUCGUGAGACGUUUUAUGCCAUUGCGGGCAUGAUCUUGAGCUACGUAUCUUGGAGCCUUGGGUCACAGGGCUAUGGUGCGGGUGUGGAGGCUGAGAUGAACUCCACUACUCAGACCACCACUGCAGGUGGUGGGGACACAGCUGUGGUGCCGACCGUCAUCGGCACGAUGCUGGUCAUGACAAUUCUUGGUGGUAUUCUUGUGAUGCUGACCAUGCGGGUCAAGAAGCUUGAAGCCCUACUGGCCGAUGCCCAGCAGGCGAAAGCAGAUGCUUCAUCACGUGUCAGUCGUGAUCUUGCAAGACAGUUGGAGCAGGCGCGGCGCCAGAACCGUGCCCUGGAGACAGAGCUCAUUCGGGCUCGCGAGCGUGCAGGGCCACCUGCACAAGUUGUGAUCACAGGCCGAGGCCGAUGUUUCCAUCACGAGAAUUGCCACGUACAUCAGAGCAAUCCGAACAAAGUGCUGACUCCUUGCAGCUACUGUCAGCAUAUGUUCUUUGAGUGA